AUGACUCAUAACAAUGCUACCAAGAAAUUGUCUUUGCUAAACAAGCUAAGAAGGGCUGUUAAGAAGCUUAAUGUUAUCUUAAGUUCGACGUUUAAGUAUAGCCAAUGGAGCUUGAUCUCGAUCCUACGAGCUCCAUCGAGUGCUAGAAGACGUUACACACGUCAUUUGAGCUUUAAUGAUGAGUUGGGAAUAUACAAUGGAUGUUCUGAAGAUGUGUUAUUCAAUGGAGAAAGCAAUGGUUGUGAUAAUAGACGCGAUUUGUGUUCGUUUAGAAGUUUUGGAAGGAUGAGUUAUAAUAAUAAUUAUGGUACUGAAGAUAUUGAUAGAAGGGCUGAUUUGUUUAUUGAGAAUUUUCAUCGUCAACUUCGGAUGGAAAGACAGAUUUCUUUGGAGCUUAGAUAUUGUAAUAAUAAUGACAAUGUUAGUAAUUUGGAGAAUAGUGUUACAAACUCUAGGAUAUGA